UCCAAGAAGAGCUUGCAAAUAUUUUAGACAAGCAAAAAAUGGAAAACAGAAACUUUGCCGUUAUAAUAGCAAUCAUCAUAUUCUUAAUCUCCAACACCAUUUCAGCAACUGAUACCAUAACUCACUUACAUCCUCUAACUGAAAACCAAACCUUGGUUUCCAAGAACGGAGAAUUCGAGCUUGGCUUCUUUUCUCCCCGCAACUCCGAUAACCGCUACCUUGGCAUUUGGUACAAGAAGAUCGCCAUUCAAACCAUUGUAUGGGUAGCAAACAGAGAAGAACCUGUCACAACACACAUCUCUGCAUUGCUGACGAUAAACAUCACACAGAAUAGCAGCGCACUACUUGUCCUCCAUCAGAAUAACUCGGUUCUAUGGUCCGUGAGCGUAUCAAGAAAACCCAAGAAUCCAAUUUUACAGCUAUUGGAUUCAGGGAACCUUGUUCUGAGAGAAGAAAAUGAUGAGAAUGAAGAGAAGAACUAUCUAUGGCAAAGCUUUGAUUACCCUGGUGAUACACUCUUGCCAGGGAUGAAGCUUGGUAAGGAUUUGAAGACCGGGCUCGAUCGACGCUUAUCGGCGUGGAAGAAUGAAAGUGAUCCUUCACCGGGAAGCUUCACAUGGGAAAUGGAUGUCACCAACUGGCCAGAACCAAUGCAGAGAAUCGGGUCCAAGAAACAGUUCAACAGUGGUCCAUGGACAGGACUUGAUUAUAGUGGUAAACCAACGAGGAAGCCCAGCAUGGUUUUCAACUUCACAUACUUCUCUGACCAGAAUGAAGUGUACUUCAUGUUCCACCUUGUGAAUACCUCGGUCAAAGCUAGGAUGGUCAUGAACCAGAGCACCUUGAAGCGUGUUCAUACUGCUUGGGAUCAGAAUGAGCAACAGUGGAAGGUGUAUGCUCUUCUGCCCAGAGAUUUCUGCGAUGAAUACGGUUCUUGCGGCCCCAAUGGGAAUUGUGAUGGUAACAAGGUUCCAGCUUGCCAAUGUUUGAGAGGAUUUAAGCCCAAGUCACCCCGUCAAUGGAAUGGUGGGAAGUACGAUGAAGGUUGUGUGCGUGACACACCACUGGAUUGCAAAAGUGAUGGAUUUGUUAAGUAUGUUAAGAUGAAAAUGCCUGAUACAGAACAUAGUUGGUUGAACCAGAGCAUGAAUCUUGUUGAGUGCAGAGAGAAAUGCUUCAGAAACUGUUCUUGUAUGGCUUAUUCAAACUCAGACACCAGAGGAUCAGGGAGUGGUUGUGCUAUGUGGUUUGGUGAUCUUAAUGACUUGAGGGUUCACCUAGCUGAUGCAGAACACGAUCUAUAUGUCAGAGUUCCUGCUUCGGUGUUAGAGACAAAAAACGGAAGCAAGGUCAAGAUUGGUGUUGCAAUUGGAGGCACUGUUGCCUUAUUAUGUGUACUUCUCUUAGUUCUUUAUUUCAUAUACAUAAGACGAAGUGGCACGAUGAAAAAUAAUGCAGCAGUAGUAGAUCAUUUCAAGGAAGAACAGGAAGAGGAUUUGGAGCUUCCAUUGUUUGACCUAUCAGUUAUAGCUAGCGCCACAAACAACUUUUCAAUCGACAACAAGCUCGGAGAAGGUGGUUUUGGACCUGUAUAUAAGGGGACAAUGGAAAAUGGACAAGAAAUUGCUGUUAAGAGACUUUCUAGAAGCUCUGGCCAAGGACUUAAAGAAUUUAAGAAUGAAAUUGUCUUAAUAGCCAAACUUCAGCAUCGUAAUCUUGUAAAGCUUUAUGGAUGUUGCAUUCAUGAAGAAGAAAAAUUGCUCGUCUAUGAGUACAUGCCUAAUAAAAGUCUGGAUUUAUUUAUAUUUGAUAAAACGCAAAGAAUGCUCUUGGAUUGGUCGAAGCGCUUUCAAAUAAUUUGUGGAAUUGCAAGGGGCAUUCUUUAUCUUCAUCAAGAUUCAAUACUAAAAAUCAUUCAUAGAGAUCUCAAAGCAAGUAAUGUUUUACUUGAUAGUGAUAUGAAUCCCAAAAUAUCAGACUUUGGUUUGGCCAAAAUUUUUAAAGGAGAUCAAAGUGCAGAAACUACGGGUCGAGUGGUUGGAACCUAUGGAUACAUGGCACCAGAAUAUGCAAUAGACGGAAAUUUUUCAGUGAAAUCUGAUGUCUUUAGCUUUGGCAUUUUGCUGCUGGAGAUAGUAUCCGGAAAGAAGAACAAAGCAAACCAUCAUGAUAAAGAAAGUACAUACCUUGUUGGAUAUGCUUGGGAUUUAUGGAGAGAAGAAAGGCAUAUAGAAGUAGUUGAUGAAUACCUCAAAGGUGAUCUCUCUGAAGCGUUGCGCUGCAUUCAUAUAAGUCUCCUUUGUGUGCAGCAGAAUGCACAUGAUAGGCCAAACAUGUCAUCAGUGGUUAUGAUGUUAAGCAGUGAAAUUAGCUUGCCUCAGCCAAAUCCACCAGCUCUGUUUCUUGGAGAUCAUUCGGAUCAACAACAUCCUUCAUCUCUCAAUGAAUUAAGUAUUACAACUUUAGAAGCUCGUUAGGAUUCGGAAGCAUGCCUCAAUAAUCACAAUAUGCUGCACACAUAAAUGUAACAAACCUAUGCAGUAUGGCAUGGCUAGUAGUGUUUUUAAUUUCUUUCUUUAUUUCUUUGCCUGGGUGCAUUGUGUUAGUUGCUAUGGAGUUCUGCAUAAUAAUGUAGUUCAAUUUGGAUAGUACAUGUAUAUCCUGUGCCAUGCCAUCGCCUCCAUAUUAUAAGGCAAAGGGCAAAGGCUUUCCCUUAAAAGAAAACCAAAACAACAAUCUCCUAUUUUAAAAUUAGUUAGUUAGUUAGA